AUGACAGCAUUCAGGACCAGGUAUGGGCACUAUGAGUUCGGUGUUAUGUCAUUCGGAUUAACUAGUGCUCCAGUUGUGUUCAUGGAUUUGAUGAAUCGCAUGUUUAAGCCCUUCCUAGACCUAUUCAUGAUUGUGUUUAUAGAUGAUAUUCUGAUUUAUUCGCCGACAAAAGCUGAACAUGCAGAAUAUUUACGAGCAGUGCUUAGAGUUCUUCGAGAUAGAGAGUUGUAUGCCAAGUUCUCUAAGUGUAGUCUAUCAGAUGUGCAGCCGGAGAAAAGAGAGAUAGUCCACGAAGUUCGCCGAUUAGCUAGCCUUGGAGUUCGGCUGAUAGACUCAGGUGAUGUGGGAGUUGCAAUUCAGGAUACAGCAAUGUCAUCUUUGGUAGCUGAGAUAAAGGAACGUCAGUACGAAGAUCCAGUUCUAGUCCAUUAUUGGAAUACAACUCCUCAAAAAGAAAAAACACUCUUCGUGAUCACAAGAGAUGGAGUACUCAGGUAUCGAGGUAACUGUGAUGAUCAUUUGCCACUUAUUGAGAUUGCAUAUAAUAACAAUUACCAUUCCACUAUUCAGAUGACUCCUUAUAAGGCUUUAUAUGGAUUGAGAUGUACAUCUCCUAUAGGAUGGUUUGAUGUCAGAGAAAAUCAGUUAGUUGGUCAAGAUUUGAUACAGCAAGCAGUUGACAAAGUGAAAGUAAUUCAAGAAAGAUUACUAGCAGCUCAAAGUUGA